AAAAAGACCACAAUUUAUUCAUUCUCUUGGUGGAUCUUUAAAUUGUUUCCAUUAUUUUUCUCUUACAAACAAUAUGAAAAUAAACAUUCUUGUACAAGCCUCCUUCUGAGAGUUAUAUACCCAGGUGUGGCAUCACUAGGUUGCAUCAUAAGUUUCAAUCAUCUUGAAAAGAAUUUUUAUGUUGAUUGCAAAACAAUCUGACUAGUUUCUUAAAAGAAAAAGACUGGGGUGGAGUCUUCAGAUCUUCAGAUGGCACCGGUCCUCGAACAUCCUCCUGCUUCAAUCAUGGCUUGUGGUCUGGUCGCCAGCAACCUGAAUCUCAAACCUGGGGAGUGCCUCAGAGUAUGGGGCGAGGUGGCCCCCAACACCAAGAGCUUUGUGCUGAAUCUGGGCAAAGACAGCAACAACCUGUGCCCGCAUUUCAACUCCCACUUCGAUGCCCACGGGGAUGCCAAUACUAUCGUGUGCAACAGCAAGGAUGGUGGGGCCUGGGGAGCUGAGCAGCAGGAGGCUGUCUUUCCCUUCCAGCCUGGAAGUGUCUUGGAGGUGUGCAUCAGCUUUGACCAGGCAGACCUGACCAUCAAGCUGCCAGAUGGUUACACAUUCAAGUUCCCUAACCACCUCAACCUGGAGGCCAUUAACUACAUGGCAGCUGAUGGUGACUUCAAGAUCAAGUGUGUGGCCUUUGAUUGAAGUCAGCUGGCCUGUGACCCCAAUAAAGGCAGCUGCCUCUGCU